AUGGAGACGGUGGAGGAACAUGAACUCUGCUUCCUACAACUCAACUCAUCCUGCAGGAAGCCAAAUCGUACUCACUCUGACACUGUGCUUAUCUACAUUGUGCUGUCCGUCAUCUCUGUGCUCACUGCGACUCUCAACCUGCUGGUCAUCAUCUCCAUCUCACACUUCAAGCAGCUGCACACCCCCACCAACCUCCUCCUCCUCUCUCUGGCUGUCUCAGAUUUCUUCGUGGGCCUCCUCAUGUUCUUUCAAAUUAUGCUCAUAGAUGGCUGCUGGCUCCUCGGUGACUUCAUGUGUAGUCUGUAUUAUGUUUUAGACUUCAUUAUUACGUCUUCCUCAGUAGGAAACAUGGUUCUCAUAUCUGUUGACCGCUACGUAGCUAUUUGUGACCCUCUGCAUUACUCCACUAAAGUCAGUGUGAGAAGAGUUACAAUCUGUAUUAGCCUUUGUUGGGUCUGUUCUGCUCUAUACGACAGUCUCAUAAUGAAGGAUAAUUUGAAACAACCAGGCAGGCAUAAUUCCUGCACCGGAGAGUGUGUGAUUGUUAUUGAUUAUGUUGCUGGAUUUGUAGAUCUGUUUUUGUCCUUCAUCGGUCCUGUCACUGUCAUCAUAGUUUUGUAUAUGAGAGUAUUUGUGACGGCUGUGUCUCAGGCUCGUGCUAUGCGGUCUCAUAUUGCAGCAGUCACGCUUCAGGGUUCAGUGAAAGUAACUGCAAAAAAGUCUGAGCUGAAAGCAGCCAGGACUCUUGGUGUUGUUAUAGUUGUGUUUCUAUUAUGCCUCUGUCCAUACUUUUGUGUCACACUUACAGGCCAAGACACCUUACUCAACGCUUCAUCUGCUGCCUUUGUAAUCUGUUUGUUCUAUUUUAACUCCUGUCUGAACCCUGUGAUUUACGCCUUCUUCUAUCCGUGGUUUCGAAAAUCUGUUAAACUUAUUGUUACACUGGAUAUACUGAAGCCUGGCUCCUCUGAGGCCAACAUACUGUAAAGCAGGGGUGUCAAACUCAUUUUAUUUCACAGGCUACAUGCAGCCAAAAUUAAUCUCAAGUUGGCCGGACUGGUGAAAACCAUUGCAUAACAACAUCACCAAAUGUUUUCCUUUUUUUAAGUGUAGAAAAGUACUUUCAGAAAACAUUUAUCCAGGUGUCCUUGAGUGCGUUGAAAGGUGCCUAUAAAUAAAAUGCAUAAUCAUUAUUAUCCAUCCAUCCAUUUUCUAACCACUUAACCUCUUGAGGGUCACGGGGACGCUGGUACCUAUCCCAGCUGACAUUGGGCGAGAGGCAGGGUUCACCCUGGAUAGGUCACCAGACUAUCACAGGGCUGACACAUAGAGACAGACAACCAUUCACACUCACAUUCACACCUACGGACAAUUUAGAGUCACCAAUUAACCUGCAUGUCUUUGGACUGUGGGUGGAAGCUGGAGCACCUGGAGGAAACCCACGCUGACACAGGGAGAACAUGCAAACUCUGCACAGAAGGGCUCCCACACCACUGAACCACUGAUUUAAAAUUACUAUAAUGCAAACAUCAGGUAUAAAUGGCCACAUUGUUCUUUUAAGUCACCAGCUCCAGACAGUGACUAUUUAGCACCAGUGUGACUUGCAAAUACUAUUAAUGUAUGAACUGGAGAGCUGUUAAUUUCUUUCCAGGUCACAGUAAAUAAAUCCUCAUAUUUAAAGCUGCAGCAGCAACAAUUUAACUUUGUGCUAACUGUUCACAUCUAAUUUCUACUCCUGUGUUGUAAUGCUGGCAUCAACACACUCACUCCAAGCUCAGGUGGAAGGAAAUGAGUAGUAUGGGGGGAGGGGGGUGCUGGUUGUCCAUUAAGCAAUGGCUGAAUGAAGGCCGUGCACGGAGACACUCAGUGUGGGCCAUCCACCUCUGAGGUGGAGUCACCCUAAGUGAUUAGGGCCUCAGAACAAGAGUCAACAGAUUUAAACAGAGCUGAGGUGAGUGUCAGCUUGAUGGAAACUAUUUAGAUGUUGCCAAGGUUGAAGCAAUAUGCUGGGGAUGACACAACCAAGGACAUGAGAUGCUCAUUCUGACUGCUGUGGAAGUGAAUUUGGAGAACCACAGGCAGAUAUGUCACAGACUGUACAGUCUGUGUUGUAGAUUCACACCAGUGUUGGAAUUGACAGUCUAAUCAGUACAUACACACAUUUCAUUUCCAACGUCUCUGUAACUCUCUGUAAGAUUCAAAAACGGUUUCAUCUUGACACAAAUCUUUGGU